AAUCAUUUUGGUCACAUCCCGUGACACUUCCCCUUUUUGUUUAGUGAUGCCAAAAGCACCCUGCUGCAGCACCAAAGCUUGAAUUCCACUUGGGAAAGAGGUGGGAUCAGAAACCUUCAGAGCUGCAUAACCACUGGUGUCCCCGUUUCAAACCUAUGGCAUUUUAGGGCCAAAGUGCAUGUCAGUAAAUCUAUCCCCAGGAGCCCCAAUGAAAAAGUAGGUUAAGCUGCUGUGAGUGGGCGAAAGGCUUUAUUGCCUCUCAAAAGGCAGAGACCACAUUCAAGAAUCAUCAAGAAGCUGGCUGGCAACAGACAACUGAGAGGAGACUUAGUUACUCAUUCUGCAUAGACAGAGGAGUUGUGUUCAAGAUGUUUAAGAUACGCAGAGCUAAGGAGGAGGAGCCUACAGCUCCAGGGCAGGUGAGAAUAAAAAGGAGGUCACGUGUGCCCGGAGUCAUGAUCACCCAGUAUGUGGAGGAGAUCCCUCAAGGCUCCAGCACUCCAGACUUCACCCGCAAACCCAUCGCUCUGACAAUCCAGGAAGGUAAACUGGCAAUUUUCAGAGCCGUCCUUGUUGGCAGACCAGAGCCAAAAGUCACCUGGCUGAGAAAUGCUGGAGAAAUUGACGAAAAGUUCAAAGUUCUCUAUGACAAAAGUUCCGGUGAACACCAGCUGCAGAUUCCAGAUGUAUCUGUGGAUCAGGCCGACACAUACAAGUGCUAUGCGGAGAAUGAAUACGGGAAAGCCACAGUAACUGCUGUCCUUAAUGUAAUUGAAGUCGGCUUUAAGAAGAACCAAGCUCUGCAGCAGUCAAGAACAGCGAUCAGAGAGAUUCCAGAAGAUUUCAAAAAAGCAUUAAAAAAUAUUGCGGACACCGAGUCAAAAGAGACAAAAUUGGAAAUUGACGACAAGUUUUGGGAUUUGCUGAUGAGUGCAGACAAAAAAGACUAUGAGAGCAUAUGUACACUUUAUGGAGUCACAGACUUCCGCUGGAUGUUGAAGAAAUUGAAAGAAAAGAAGAUUGAGAGGGAACAGGAGCAGGAAAAGGUGGUGGAAAAACUGUCCAACUUGAAGCCCAUUGAGCUGAAUGCUUCAGGUGGAGCAGAGUUUGAACUUGAAAUGUCUCUCAAAGAUCCUACCAGUAAAAUAUUUUUAUAUAAGGACGGAGUGAUGAUUCCUUUUGAUGCCGAUGCCGAGGUAAAACAUGGCCUUAAGCAAGUCGGGAAAAAGUUUGUGUUUAGCAUCAAUGGUAUCGACCCGGGGGAUGCUGGAUUAUACCAAGUGAUGGUUGAUGGAGUGAACAUCUUCUCCACUGACUUGAAACUUCCUCCUGUGGAAUUCUUGGUAAAGCUACAAGACGUCAAGGCAGAAGAACGAGAGGAUGCCGUGUUUGAGUGCGUCGUCUCACAGCCUAUAAAAAAGAUCACUUGGAAGGGGAAAAAUGUCUCACUAGAGCAGGGAGAAAAAUACGACAUCCUUGUGUCAGAUGACAUGUUGGUUCAUACCCUGGUGGUAAAGGACUGUCUGCCAUUGGACAAAGGAAUCUAUGCAGCCAUAGCUGGAAUGGCAUCCAGCAGUGCCUGGCUUAUAGUAGAAGCUGACAAUGACCCCAGCAUGCAAGGAAAGAAGAAACCUCGGAAAACCACUCGUGCCGGAGGUGGUAAUCCUGAUUUGCUGAAGAUCGCUCAGGAACAAAAUGAAAAGAUAAAGAAAGAGAGGAAUGAGUUGGCUGCAAAACUUGCAGCAGAAGCUGCUGCAGCAGCAAAGGAGGAGGCUGAGGCCAAAGUUAAACCAGAGGGUGAAGCUAAAGCGAAACCAAAAGCCAAGACAAAAGCCAAGGCUAAAGGCAAGGCAAAGACUAAGGAGAAAGAUGGUGAAAAGGUCAAAGAAAAGGCAAAGGCCAAGGCCAAGGCAGAAGGUGGAGAAGGUGCAGAGGCGGUCGCUGCAGAGGGUGAAGAAAAGGAGGUGGAAGAAGAAGAGGUAGAAGACGAAGAUGUUGAAGAAGAGGAAGAAGAAGAAGAAGAAGAAGAAGAAAAUGGUGUAGUUGUAGACAAUCUCAAAGACGGAGAAGGUUCAAUGGAGAAAGAAGAAGUUAAAGGACAAGACCCAAAACAAGACAAUGAGGUGGAGGCUGCAGCUAAAGUUGCUGAUACUGAAGAAGAGGCACCUGUUGAAGAUAAAAAAAAGAGAGUGAGGGCGGGGCCUCUUGUCCCUGAAACAGUUAUUGACCCUGGAGUAUUCUUCACCAGUGGACUUUCAGAUGUGUCAGCCAUCAUUGGCACAGAUGCAGAGUUGGUCUGCAGACUGAGCAGUGAGGAGUGUGACGGCGUCUGGUACAAGGAUGGAAAAGAGAUAGCGGCUGCAGAGAACAUCUGUAUUGUCAAAGACGGAACUUAUCGCAAACUUAUCAUCAAAAACUGCACAGAAGACGACGCGGGAAAGUACAAAUGUGAAGCUGACGGUCGCAAAACAGAGGCCGUGCUGAAUGUAGAAGAUCCUCCAAGAAUAGAUGCCGAUGACUUAGCCGCGUUUGUUAAACCUGUGGUUAUCAAAACUGGGAAAGAGGCUGCCUUUAAGGUGUCAUUUGUUGGCCGGGAACCAAUGAAGAUCCAGUGGUACAACGAUGGAGAAGAGCUGCUGGAGGACACACACAUCAAGAUUGAAAGAUCCUCCACACACAGUCGCCUGCUGCUUACCAAGUGCCAACGCAGAAUUUCGGGGGAGAUCAAGGUUAAAGUGAAAAAUGAAUGCGGAACAGCAGAGGCCAUCACUCAAAUGGUUGUUCUAGAUAAACCAACAGCACCCCUGGGCCCUGUGGACAUCAUUGAAAGUUCAUCAACCUGCAUUGAGUUCAAAUGGAGGCUCCCCAAAGACAAUGGAGGUUCUCCGAUCACGGACUUCAUCCUGGAACGUCAGCAGAUUGGCAGAAACAGCUGGAAGAAGCUGGGCAAGAUCGGCCCAGAGCCUAAAUACAGGGACACAGAUGUGGACCAUGGUAGAAAAUACUGCUACCACAUCUGGGCUGAAACCGAACAAGGAACCAGUGGAAUGAUGGAGACAGAUGACAUCCAGGCAGGGACAAAGGCUUACCCUGGACCUCCAUCAACACCUAAAAUCGUCAGCGCUUUCAAAGAUUGCAUCAACCUGGCCUGGACUGCACCCACUAACACCGGAGGAACCAACCUUCUAGGAUAUAAUGUGGAGAAACGUAAAAAUGGCAGUAAUUUGUGGAGCCUCAUCAACCCGCCUGAGGAGCCCGUCAAAGAUAAAAAGUAUGCAGUCAAAGAUGUGGUUGAAGGCAUUGAGUAUGAGUUUCGAGUAUCAGCCAUCAACAUCUCUGGUGUUGGAGAACCCAGUCCACCCUCUGAGUUUGUAUUCGCCAGAGACCCAAAGAAGCCUCCCGGUAAAGUCAUUGAUCUGAGGGUAACAGACUCCACCUACACCACCUUAUCACUUGGCUGGACCAAACCCACCGAAGAAGAAGGAGUCCAAGAUGAGGCAAAAGGAUACUUCAUUGAACUCAGACCUGCAGAAAACCCUGAAUGGGGGCGCUGUAACUCCAACCCAAUCAUCAUGUGCUCUUAUACUAUCAUGGGUCUGAAGUCUAUGGCUAUGUACUGGGUAAGAGUUGUAGCCACCAAUGAGGGCGGAGACAGUGAGCCUCAAGAGUUGGACAACUAUAUAAUUGCAAUGCCUCCUCCAGUGAGACCAGAAUUCACCGACAAAAACAUCAACAACUUUAUGGUGAUGAAAGCUGGAAGUGCUGCUCGACUCACCUUUAACUUCAAGGCCUCUCCUGUACCAACAAUCACAUGGAUGAAGGAUAGCAUGCCUUUACCUAAGUAUGUGACAGUCAGCAACACAGACACGUCCUCACAAUUAAUGAUCCCUUCAUCAGAACGUCACGACACAGGGAUCUACACCAUCAUUGUGAAAAACCUAGUGGGCCAGGAAACCUCCAGUGUGGAGAUGAGAUUCACAGAUGACCCCAAGCCUCCAGGCCCCAUGGAGCUGGACGAAAUCGUGUCAGGAACAGUGACCGUCUCCUGGGUUCCUUCUCCCGAUGAGAAAAAAGACGACAGACUCCACUACAUGAUCACAAAGCGAGACUCCGUAAAGCGCACGUGGCAAGUCGUGGCUGACCAUCUCUUCAACAACAAAUUUACUGCCAUCAACAUCAUGGCUGGAAGGCAGUACAAGUUCCGAGUCUAUGCCAAGAAUGACAUGGGCGUUUCCAAACCCUCAGAAUCACCGGUCUGGGAAAUUAAGAGAGAGAAAGAACAGUUUUGCCUGGAUAUGCCCCCCUCCAAAGGCUGUAACUUUGAGAUGGCUCCUUCAUUUUUGGUUCCUCUCAAGACACGCACCAGUCCAGAGAGCUACGAGUGCUACAUGAGUUGUGCAGUGACGGGGAACCCCAAACCCUAUGUGACCUGGUACAAAAACAGCAUUAGCCUGAACACCAACACCAACUACUACAUCACUAACACAUGUGGGGUCUGCUCCAUGGUCAUACUCAAAGUGGGGCCAAAGGACAGUGGAGACUAUACAGUCAUAGCAGAAAACCUUCACGGCCGAGUGGAGUGUUCGACUAAACUUGUGGUUAAAGAGUAAGAGGCAGAAAAACUGAAGAAAAACAGAUGGAACAGAAAAUAUCACCUAACUGAACCCUUUUGUCAACUGCUUGUUUUUUGUGUUUUUCUACAAAAUGUGUUAAAACACAAACUGCGACAAAGAGAGAAAGUUACAGAAGAAAAACAAUUAACAACGUGUCAAUGUUUGAAGAAAUUUUGACUGUUUCAGGAUGUUUUAGCUGUUGUACCGUUAAUCUCACACCGUGAUAAUGAAUCUUGCACAAAAAUACACCUACAGUAUUUAUUAACUUUUGUAAUGUAGCGUUAGGGUUUUGUUUGUGUUUUUCUAAAAAACAAAACAAAAAAAAUUGCAUUUAUGUGUCCUCAGGUUUGACAAUGCAGAGAUUUACCAUACAGUACAUGCAACCCCCCUCCUUUACUCCCAGGGUUGCUAUAAACACAUCUCUAAUUAAUAUGUAAUUCUUUGGUUUUUAUACAGCAGCUCUGCAGUCUUCCAGUUGUAUUGCUGCCACCUACUGGAUUUAUUUCCUCUUAGUAAACAUUUCCAACCAGAAAAGUCCUCAUUACCAGUAAAAGAGAGCAUCAGACAAAGCAUGCACCUCUAGUGGCCAAUAAAAAUCGAAUAUUGUUUCUUUACAUUUUUAGUUGUUAGGGGUUUGAAAAUAUUUAUUAAGUAUACAUUAAAAACUAGUGAACUGUUUUGAAAACACACUUUAGACCAAGUUUAUGGUUUCACAUUUUAUUGUUUGAAUAUUUUGUUAUUAAUAAACAUUUCAAUAAAAACACUUGAUUAAAAGUAGACAAAAUGUUCAAUUUGGCGGAAUCUCUCUCUUGUGUCAGAUUGUUCACAAUAGUCGAGUUUGAGUUAAACUGAGCAAAUUUUGUUCAUCUUUAUUGAAUAAAUGAGAUGGCCUUAAGUCAGACUAUGGCAGUUUAAUAAACAUUUCCAUAGAAAUAAGUAAGAGUCAAACAGAUGAUCAUGCAGGGGAUUGUCCAGUAGAUGAAUGGUUCCAGGACUCCAUGGUGCUAACCAGACGAUAAUCAAGAACACAUUUGUUCAUUUUAAUGCCUCAUCUCUUGUCUUACUUGAUCACUUAAUGGGAUUUUAACAAACCAUUGAUGAAUGAAGAUGAAUUUAGAGAUGUAUACAUAUGUGUUGAGUUUUGAGUUUUUAUCCAAAUGCAGCAGCACUAACACAAGUGUAAGGCCGUUAUUGUAACUUCUAUAUUAUUACUCCACAUGGACAUGUCAUGCUUCGCAGUUUGUCACAUGGGUUCAAAUUUGUCUUUUACUGCAAACAUGUGUUUGCACCUCUUGAGAGAAUUUGCAAGACUAAUAUUGGAAGUCCUAACUGAUGCAAUUCCAUGUGCAUGACUCAAGACAACCUCACAACUUCACCUCUCAGGGUGUAAAGACCGGAGACACAAAUAUUACCCAUUGUACAGGGGGCCUCACUGGGAAGUUGACGUGCUAGGCUUUGACAUUUAAAACCCACCAACAACAUUCUGAUAGCAUUACGAUAACUUGUAGUCAUGUGUUACGUGGUUAUUGUUAGAGGCUUACGGGGAACGUUUUCUUUAUUUGAAAAAAAAAAAUCUUUAAUUGCAAUGAUAUAUACAUACAUACUGUAUAUACACAGUAAUAUAUACAUGUUUAUAAGUCAGCUUUUGUAUUAUCAAAUAUAUUUCACUGAAAUGUGAGAGCCCAGCGUCUUUUGUGAUAGUCUCACAUUAGUAGAAUUCAAAACCUCCUGACUUCAGUGACCCCUCUCAGUAAAAGCCAUCCAGAACAUCAAGCCUCUCAUAUUUACUUGUCAUGCCUGAGAACAGUCAUAUUCCCUGCGCUCAAAUCCACUUUUAUUGCACUGCUUUAAAAUAUUCACACGGACACAAACACACAAUCACAGCUUGGUUAUUACCAAAACCAAUCACUGAGCUGUGGUAAGACAUUGGACCAAAUGAGGUUUUAAAUAAUAUCCAAAAAAAAACCCACUGUAAAUAAAACUCACUACGUUGUGGGCAAAUGUUUUUAAAGUGCUAAUUCUCUGCUACCAAACCUGCAGCACUUCUGUCAUAUGCAUCAUUUCAUGAAAUAAUAAUUAUCUAUAUUCUGAGAUAAUUACUAACUUGGUCAGAGGGCUGCCAAUGUGCUUUUAUUGUGUUUCUUUCCACACAGUUUAAAUGCCAACAAGGAUGGUAUUCUCAUGUAAAACACCUUGUGUCAUCAUAAUUGCACCGUUGAGGCAAAUUUACAUUUAAAUUAGUUUGGGAUGAGCCAUGGUGUUUAUGUUUAAUAAUAGGGUUGAACCUUCCACAAACACCCAAGGUGUUAAGCUUUGAAUCUGCAUUGGACUUUCCAAUAGAAUGCAGCAGAAAAUGUUUGAUGGCCAGCAAAGUGAGAUAAG